AUGGAACAUACCACUCUAUAUCCUUUCGACACGCUGCCUCCCGCCACUCGCUCUUCCGCCUCUUCGGUCGACACAUCCUCACCCACCGUCUCCAUGUUCUCCAAAGGCCAUUCUUCCCGAGGUUCCAACUCCUCGGCUGCAUCCUCUCCUGUCCCUCGCGAAUCUCUCGACAUGUUCGGAGGCGCCAAGCGGUUGGAAGAUGUCACCGAGGAGCCUCAGGAAAGAGACGAGUCUGACGGUUACACGUUGGUCAACGACGGCACAUGUGACUGGAGUGACUAUGACAAGGCUUUCUCAAGUGAUUACGGCCACGCUUCACCUCCCACCUCCCCGAUACAGCCCGACUGGAUCUUGGCGGCGCCCAAUGACUCUUCAGCCAGCCCCCAGCCUUAUCACACGCCGCGUCGCAGAUCGACAGAAUCGCCCUCUUCAGUACAAGGUCACCGCUUCAGCAGCAAAUUUGGGUCAAUAUCGCGACGGUGGAGGAAUAGAUCGGCCGCUGGACCUCAGCUCUCAAUCGUCACGCACAUGAGCGCUUCCGCUUCUCGCUCAGGGUCCCUAAGCUCUUCGCAGAUCUGCAGUCCGGCUCUGAGUGCCGUCUCCAGGCAUGAAAGUGGCCUUCCGUCGUCCUCAGUCGUGUUGGCGACGAACGAGACUACCUUUGACGCAGAUGUGAGACCAAUAAACAUUGAACAGAAGACGUCACAAGAACACCUCGCCGAGUCGGUACAAGCUACCACACCUCUGUUACCACCCAUGUUCUCCGAGUACUUCGGCAGAGAAGAGCCUGUCCAUUCUCCUCUUCAAUCACCAGCUAUUGCACCUACACCCGCCGUUGUGAGCUCACGACCAUCGUUCGAUGCGCCAUUGUCAUGCAUGCCGUCCCCUCCGUUGUCGACGAAACCUUCGAUGGUUUCCAUGCACUCGAGAUCCCGCGCAAACACGAUGAACAAUUCCCCCUUUGGCGAAAUUCCCCCGUUGCAGCUUCUAGAAGACCCUUCUGAUCCUUGGGCUGUUCGCCUGGGUCAUGCCAACUACACCAUACACCCUGAGCCCUACACACCUGAGACCCUGGACUUGGAUUCUUAUACCGAGUUCCGCAAGAAUUGGGAUCAAGCCCGAACACACUAUGCUAAGCACAUAACGAGGACCGCCGAGCAUUACGGGUCGACUUCCAAAGUCUACAAGCUGACCGAGGAGAAGUGGGCGUCGAUUGACGACACCUGGAAGCGGCAACACGACCUUAUGAGGACCACCCUGGCCCCGCUUCUGGCUCGCCUAAGCGGUGAUUCAGAGACGCAGGGCUCCACCACGUCGAGUUCUGUGCUCGAAAAACCUCUUACCAGAGUGGCUGUGCCUGUCAUCGACGACAAGAGUGGCAAAUUUCCCAAGCUCGGUGAUGGCGAGAUUGUCGGACCAAUGUCUGUCGCUCCCCCUCGCGACGAAAUAGGGAGUCCACCCGUCUCACCACACAAACGGAAUCUCCUGAGAGUCCUUUCUGACGUCUUUCGCCACUGA